CACAAAAGAUACGAAUAUACGAGUAUACUGGUACGUACUGCGAGUAAGUACGUAUAUUUAACGCUUCAUUGAUUAAGAGGCAAGUGGAAAGCGGAGAGUAAAUGCAUCUGCUUAAUCAAGAUAUCAAUGGGAGUUUGGUUCUCGUGUGCGAAAUAUAUGGUAAAUAUAUAGUAUAGACAACAAAGGAUUGCAUUCUACACUGCAUUUGAAAUGCAACUCAAUGCUGAGAUUAUGCUUCGCCUUCUCCCUCAAUCAAUUGAAAGUGCUAUCAGACAUCAGAGAGGUUUCAGGUAAAACCCAGAUCAGACCUGACCUGGCCUCCCCAACUUUAACGCUUCAGUGCAGGGGUUAGAUCUAAUUAAACGUGGCAUUGGAAUAUGUAAACGCAUCAGCAGUCAGGGUCAACAUUUAGCCAUAUAAAAGACGUAUGUCGUUGCGGGCACGCAUUCAGUUUUGGCCAAGAAUUCGCCUUAAAGCCAACGUCCACCGCCCAACGCCCAACGUCCAACGAUGUCGUUCAAUGGCAGCACGAAAAUUGGUUUCCCCGGCAUUGGCAGCUAUCCGUAUCCAUUUGCCGAGCUGGCGGAUGAGCGCACACGGACGUGGCCGCUGGUGGAGUCGCCUUGGAAUGCAGCCGUCCUGCUGGCCUUGUAUUUGCUGAUGGUGCGCUAUGCACCCAAAUGGAUGGCCAGGUACAAACCGAUGCAGCUGCGUGGCCCAUUGUUCUGCCACAACCUGGCUAUGACGUUGCUGAAUGCCCACAUAUGCCUGGAGCUUUUUACGGCGUCGCGAGCCCUCAACUAUAGCAUCAGCUGUCAGCCGUGUCGGGUGAGCUAUAGCCCCCAUGAAAUGCGUAUUGCCGCGGCCUUUUGGUGGUUCUACAUCUCAAAAAUUCUUGAAUUUGCCGACACGGGCUUUUUCAUCCUGCGCCAGAAGUGGUCACAAUUGAGCUUCCUGCAUGUCUACCAUCAUAGCACCAUGUUUGCCAUGUGCUGGAUCGUUGUCAAGUGGAUACCGACCGGCUCGACCUUUCUGCCAGCCAUGAUGAACUCCUUCGUGCACAUCAUUAUGUACGGCUAUUACGCGCUGAGUGUGCUGGGACCUCGUAUCCAGCCGUAUCUUUGGUGGAAACGCUACUUGACUGCCUUGCAGCUGGUGCAGUUUGCCAUUGGCCUCGCCUGGGGCUCGCAGGCCAUCAUCCGGAGAUGCGAGUACCACACCUGGGUUAGUCUCACUGGAGUCGCCUACAUGCUAACGUUUCUCUACCUCUUUGGCUGCUUUUAUGCCCAAAAAUACAGGGUCAAGCAUCGUAAAUACAAGAAAUAAAGUUCUGAGCCAACAAU